AUGAGAAAGGGCCUUGGCCUCCCUGCCUUCAGCGAGCUGCCAUUUGACCAAUUUAUCCUGGUACACCCCGACUACUAUCCAUAUAAAACCUACCUAAGCUUAUACCGCAUCCAGGGAAACUGGGACCUAGCGUCCCCGCUCUCCAAACACGAGCAGAAAAGAGCCCUGGUUGAGAGAUGGACCGUGAUGGGGAGGUACGGGCGAAAUGUAUCCUAUGAUGUUCACUUCAAUCUACCUGAAUACGCCCUCUCCGCCUUCGAGGGCCCACUACUCCCGAACCAGUCCUAUCUACCAGAUAUCCCACAAGACCUGCUCACAGAGACCGACCGCUCCGUCAGCACCGUGCUAGCCAGCGCCCCGCGGAUCCGGACGUGGUAUGGCGGUCUAGACCAGCCGAGGCUAGAGGCCUGCGUGACCAAGGAAUUCAUCUACGAGGACCGGAACGAACUUGCGCGGGCCUCGAACGGACCGGAUAUCGAGGCGGGGGUUGCGCUUGGAACCCCCGGGUCUAUGCCGGGGUAUCUGGUUGCGGUGAUGAUGCAUUGUCCCGAGCUGUUUGAGGGGUGUUCGGAUGAUGAGUGGCGGCAUUUCAGCGGCGAGGAGCGCGAGGAAGAGGAGAGUCGGACGUCGCAGGUGGCGAUGGUGCUGGUGGCGGAUCGGAAGGCCUGCGAGGAAGGUUGGGUGCUGCUGUUGGCGCUGAAUCAUAGGGGUCAGGUGCUGCCGUUUAGGGUCCGCGAGAGGGCGAGCGAGGCGGCGCAGCAUGUGGUCAAUUGGGCGGAGGGGCAGCCUUUGGUGGAGAUGACGUGGAAGGAAGAUGAUGAGGGCGAGUUUAAUUUUACUGGAGGGGAUGGGUGGGAUUAG